AUGAAUUUGUGGCGAAAAUCUGCCAUCGGUCCGUCGGCCAAAUUUGGCCAUCGCGCAGAAGAGCCAUACACCUACCUUGGUGUGCCAGAGCGGCAGUCCCAGGAGGUGAGUACCAUCAAAUCGGCCCUCAAUAGGGAAUACAAGCGUCGCCUAAGGUGGAUAUGGGGCUCAGAGCUCUCCGCUCGCAACAAGGUGACGGCCACCAAAACCUUUGCAAUCCCUGUCCUCGUCUACACCUUUGGUGUCCUUCAUUGGACCAUCAAAGAGCUGGAAGACUUGGAUCGCGCGACCAGGAAAACCAUGAAUCUGCACCGUAGUCUCCACCCUAAAUCUUCCGUUCAACGUCUAUACCUUCCACGAGAUGAGGGUGGGAGAGGCCUGCUGGGAGUGAACCGGGCUCGCCUUCUGUCCAUGGAAGAUCAGUCCCCGACCGUAAUUGGAAACCGGUCCAUCCCAGAGAGAAGGGAGAAGGCUCACCCUUCUCAGCAUCAUAUGCGUCGACAGAAGACCUGGAGCCACCCCACGUGA